UAUUGUCUCGUUUUUAAAGGAGUUGUAACGUUAUAUAAAUUGACCGACAUAGGAAAUACGCCCGAGGAAAAUUACCUUGGUGCCAGGCAACACGUGACGUCACGAUGCUCAUUAAUUAUGCAAGUGGCCGCCAUGAGCGAGAAGAGUUUGAACGGAAGACGUGGGGAGGGCGGCUGGAUCUAAACACGGUUUUAACUCGUUACAACCACGUUCAAACUCACAGUACUAUUUUUCCGGCUAGUAUAGACUCUUAUACAUCACCCUAAGAAGUUUCAAGAAGGGGAAACACGGUUUGGACGUGCUAAAACGGAGUAGGAACUUGCGGUGCGCACGACUUCGACAUGGCGGCUUGCACCAGUGGAUGACAGCGGGCCUACUCAAGACUACGACCGACUGGGUCGGGAGAACCUUCGUCGUAAUGUCGUCCAAAGACUCUACAGGUUCCCUUCUCCGAACUGUUUGGAGCAGCAGGUCCAUGUGGAGAUAUAAGCUGACGACAGGAGGAGGGGGGAGAAGUUGGGGCAGCUUGGCGUACGUGUGUGGCCUGUGCCUGGUCCUGCUCGUCUGUUUCACAACAGGAGCGUCAGCACAAUGUGACUGUACCACAGACUGUAGCUGUUCCUUCGCCAACUGUACUGCUGGUCAGUACUGGAACGACUCGGCAGGAUGCGUCACCUGUCCUGUGGGAUUCUUCUGUAUUGGUGCAUCUGAAUCGCCCACCCCAUGUGCAAUAGGAGAGUAUUUGAGCAGUACUGGAGCAAUUGAUAAUACUGAAUGUUUGACAUGUCCAGUUGGCCAUAUCAGCAGUGAAGGGUCAGUGUCCUGUACCCAGUGUCCAGCUGGCUACAGCUGUAAUGCCAGCUCGGUGCUGACCACUGCCUGUGGGGCUGGGACGUACUCCCUGUCCGGAGAGAUGACCUGUAACACCUGUCCUACAGGAAGGAUAUGUGCUGACCCCUCACAGUCUCCACAGGACUGUGGAGGAGGCCAGAUGCCUGAUGUGGGUCAGACAUCAUGUGUAGACUGUCCUGCUGGGCAGUAUUCCUACAACACCAGCAUGGAGUGUCAAACAUGUCCUAUAGGCCACUACUGUCCAACAAAUGCGACUGUUGAACCCAAGGUGUGUCCGGAUGGUCGCUAUGCCAACAGCACCGGCGGUACAUCGUGCAGCGAGUGUCCUGCAGGUCACUCCUGUGGUGACCCCUCAUCCUCCCCCCAGCAGUGUCUGACCGGAACCUUCAGCUCACCCGGCGCCAGCGCUUGUGAAAACUGUCCCUCGGGAACGUACGCGGACAACAUGGCAUCAACGCUGUGUACACCCUGCCCUGCCGGCCACUUCUGUUCCGACAGAUCCCAGGCUCAGAAGUGUCCCGCGGGAACAUACAGUAUCGGCGGCACGGGGGGCUGUAAUGCUACGUCGUGCAUCGCCUGUCCCGACGGCGAAUACUCUGACACAGAAGGUUCUGCCCAAUGUACAGAAUGUCCAGCUGGAUACAAGUGUUCCAAUAAGACUCAGCCGUCGCCAUGUGCCAAAGGGAAGUACAGCAGUUCGAGUGCUGUCAUGUGCCUUGACUGUGCGGAUGGACAGUACGCCAACACCACCAACUCUACCCAGUGCGAACCUUGCCCAGCAGGCUACGAGUGUUCGGACAAGACCCAGCCAAUGGAGUGUCUGGAGGGAACCUACAGUACUGGUGGGACGUCGUCAUGUGCGGUAUGUCCCGACGGACAGUUCGUCAGCGUCCCUGCGUCCAGCCAGUGUGAGGACUGCCCGGCGGGAUAUCACUGUGAAGACAAGACACAGCCUCAAGCAUGUCCCAUGGGAGAGUACAGUACAAACGGCUCCCUAUCCUGUACCGUCUGCCCUGAUGGACAGUACGCCAACAGUACAGCAUCCACACAGUGUGACGACUGCCCCGCGGGGUACCAGUGUUCCAACAGAACCCUCCCACCCCAGUCAUGUCCCGUGGGGAAGUACAGCUCGGCACGAUCGACAUCAUGUACCGACUGUCCCAACGGAAAGUACGCCAACGAUACCGGCACAGCGCAGUGCCAGGACUGUCCCGCGGGACACCAGUGUUCGGACAAGACCAUCACUCCGCAGCCAUGUCCAGUGGGAAAGUACAGCACAGCUCAGUCUACAUCGUGCAUGGAUUGUGCAGACGGGAUGUAUGCUAACGACACGGCUUCAGAACAAUGUCAGAACUGUACGGCUGGACACCAGUGUUCAGACAAGACUCUUGCCCCUCAGCCAUGCCCAGCAGGUAAAUACAGCCCAUCUCUAUCGACCUCCUGCACAUCUUGUCCUGACGGGGAGUAUGCUGACACGGAGGGUUCUGAGCAGUGUACAGUGUGCCCAGCAGGGUCAGAAUGUUCUGAUAAAACCCAGGCCCAGCCCUGUCCGGCUGGGAGGUACAGUGAAGCAGGGAUGACGGCAUGUCUGCUGUGUCCUGCUGGUUCAACGUGCAGUAACUCCAGCAACCCCGUGCUGUGUACGGCUGGCAGCUAUGCUCGCAAUGGCAGUGCUGCCUGUACUCCUUGUGAAAACGGAACCUUCUGUCCGUCCGACGGCACCACGGAGCCUAUUGGGUGUGCCGCUGGUUACUAUGCCAACCAGACGGGCCUGUCUGCGUGUGAGGAGUGUGAGGCAGGGUACAGGUGUGCAGACCCGGCGCUAGACCCACUUCUCUGUGAUGAUGGGUACUACAGCCUGGGAGGUGCAACGUCCUGCCUACUCUGUCCUGCUGGUCAUCAGUGUCUCAACAAAGGCCAGAGCCCCUCCCAGUGUGCCGCAGGGACCUACGCGGGUACUGGCUCCACCCAAUGUACCCCCUGUGAGGCAGGGUACCAGUGUCCCAUCGCAGGCCUGGAGGUCCCAGAACCAUGCCCUGAUGGACACUAUGCUAAUGAGACUAGAUCUACGAACUGCACGCUUUGUCCAGAAGGCUCUAGAUGUACCCAGAAGUGGCUGAUGCCAGAAGAAUGCGAGCGGGGCACAUACAGUCGCUCAGGCUGGCAGUCCUGUAUCGACUGUGAGGAGGGGAAGUACGCCAACACGUCAGGGGCAGCGCGGUGUGAGCCCUGCCCUGCUGGAUACCAGUGUGAUGACCCCAGACUAGCGCCAGUUAUCUGUCCUCUAGGACAGUACAGUGCGGAGGCCUCCACAGUGUGCCAGUCCUGUCCACCUGGCUUCUAUAACAAUGGCUCAUUUACGGACAUGUGUCAACCCUGCCCGGCUGGCUACCAGUGCCCCAAUCCUGCACAAGACCCUGUUCAGUGCUCUGCAGGGUACUUCUCCCUGGGUAAUGCCACCUACUGCAGCCUGUGCUACGGUGGGUACGAGUGUGCGGACAGAGUAAGCGAGCCCGUCAUCUGUACUGCCGGAAAUUACGCUCGCAACGGGAGCGAGUUGUGCACACCGUGUGACGAGGGAUACUACUGUCCCGAUGAUGGCAUGACAGAACCCACCAGGUGUCCAGAUGGUCACUAUGCAGAUUCGCCUGGCUCCUCGGCCUGCACUGAGUGUGAGGCUGGCAGUCGGUGUCCUGACCCCACAGUAGCGUCCGAGGCUUGUCCCGAUGGCUUCUACUCUCCGGGAGGAACCACCAACUGUACAGAGUGCCCUGUAGGACACCAAUGUGGUAACAAGACCGACGCCGUGCUGUGUGCAGCUGGAGAGUUUGCCCCAGCCCAGAGCCCAUCAUGUACCCCCUGUCCCUCCGGUACCUACUGCCCCAACACCCCCCGCGCCGCCCCGGUGGACUGUCCCAGCGGCUGGUACCAGCACCAGGAAGGCCAGACGGUGUGUCUGCAGUGUCAGAAGGGUCACGAGUGUCCGGUCAUCACACAGGAGCAGCAACAGUGUCCGGCUGGGUACUACGCAGACAAGAAGGGACUACAAUCAUGUCAAGCGUGCCCGACUGGUUACUACACCACAGCAAAUGGUACUGUCACCUGCACCAGGUGUCCCUCCGGCUCCAGGUGUCCAGUCAAGGAUGGGAACCCAAUCACCUGCGAGACUGGACAGUAUUCGCCAGCUGGAUCAGACACCUGUUUCAGCUGCCCAUCUGGAACAUCCUGUGGGGAUCCCAGUGCCGAGCCAACUCUCUGCGGGACUGGGGAGUACUCCAAUGGAACAGCAUGUCUGUCCUGUCCAGUGGGCUUCAAGUGCCCGUCUCCUCUGUCAGGCCCCCAGGCGUGCCCAUCAGGCACCUACCAGGACUCCCCAGGCCAGACCACCUGUCAUACCUGCCCAGUGGGGAUGGCCUGUCUGGAUGUGGCUGCCUCUCCUGUGGACUGUGAUGCUGGAUACUACAGUAUAGCUGGUGUGGAAACAUGCCAGGCCUGUCCAGAAGGCACCUACAGCUCCACAGGCCAGGGGUUCUGUUUGCAGUGUCCGGCUGGACAGAAAUGUGUGAACGCCUCCAACCCAGAGGACUGUCCAGCUGGCCAGUACAGCAAUGCUGGAGAAUACACCUGCACAGCCUGUCCUACAGGUACCUACAGCCCAGCCGGUGCCCAGCUCUGUACGGUGUGUCCAGCGGGCAGCACCUGUGUGAACGCCAGCGCAUCCCCCGAGCCGUGCGAGGCGGGAACCUACAGCGCUCCCGGCGCAGUCGUCUGCAUGGACUGUCCAGCAGGGUUCUACUGUCUCCAGGCUGACCAGCCUCCGCAGCACUGUCCAGGUGGUACCUACUCUCAUGCACGGAACUCCAGCUGUGCUGACUGUCCAGCUGGCUCGUCAUGUCUCAACCCGGCCGAGACACCGUCGUCAUGUGAUCACGGGGAAUACAGCACUCUGGGCGAUGCCCUGUGCCACCCCUGCCCUGGGGGUUACAGCUGCCCGUCCCCAGAUGUCCCCAUCCAGGAGUGUGGGAGUGGGGAGUACAGCCUGGCAGGGGAGGCCAACUGUACGGAGUGUCCCAUAGGGUCAGCCUGCCCCUCCAAGUCCCAGCAGCCUCUGUCCUGUCUGGCUGGACAGACGACCAACGGACUGACCGGACAGACUAGCUGCACUGACUGCCCAGCAGGCCAGGCCUGUCCAGAUCCAAGGUUGACCCCAGUGACCUGCACCAACGGCACCUACGCCCUGGGCGGGGCCUCCAACUGUACCGACUGCCCUGCAGGAUUCUCCUGCGCAGAUGCAAGUUCCCAGCCCGUGGCCUGUUCCCCUGGAGAGUAUGCCGUGGCACAGCAGCUGUCCUGUACCCCCUGUGAGGCAGGUCAUGCCUGCCCCUCCACUACAGACCCCACCCAGAAGUAUCCAUGUCUUCCAGGCACAUACUCCACAGGGAGCCAGUCGUUCUGCAUAGACUGCCCUGCAGGGAAGUUCUGCAGCAGCACCACCGCAGCCCUGCAGACAGACUGCACAGCAGGCACCUACAGCCUGGGAGGCCAGGAUGUGUGCAGGUCCUGUCCUGCAGGGUGGGAAUGUCCCAACACAGAUGGCAGUGGCAACGCACCGUGCCUCGCAGGCCAGUAUUCCUUAGGAAAUGCCACAGACUGUGUGGACUGUGAGGCUGGUAAGGCGUGUCCGCAGACAACAGCAGAAGGCUACGACUGUGCUGCUGGAACUUACUCCACUGGCAGGCAAACUGAGUGCACCACAUGUCCCCCGGGAUACGAGUGCCCAGACACGACACAAGCUACUGAGACCCUGUGUUCUACUGGAAGCUUCAGUAAGGGUGGGCAGGCAGCCUGCACAGUGUGUGACGCUGGCUAUGCCUGUCCGUCAAAAUAUGACGACUUCCGCUUCUUAUGCUACCCCGGAUCAUACUCCGAGGCAUCAGCAACGGCGUGUACCCCCUGUCCAGCUGGAGAAGAAUGCCCCCUGACCAACACCACAGGCACACCAUGUCAGGAUGGAUAUUACAGUCUCGGUGCCCAGAUAGCCUGCUCCCCGUGCCCAGCUGGGUCCUACUGCCCACAGAAGGAUGCCCAGCCCUUGGAGUGUCAGGCAGGGACGUACAGUAACACCUCCACUACAGCCUGCCUUGACUGUGACCCAGGCUACUUCUGUGUGGAGGGCAGCACCUCCGCUACACCAUCAGAUGGGCUGUGUCCACAAGGUUACUACUGUGAGGAUGGCUUAAACAAGCUGGCCUGUCCUGCUGGGACCUAUGGCAACAGGACUGGAGCCAAGAACUCAGCCGAGGGAUGUGCUGACUGUCCGGAAGGGUAUUACUGUCUGGAAGGCACAGCUGGCUAUCCCACCUACGAGUACUUGUGUCCUCGGGGUCACUUCUGUCCACUAGGGUCCACUAGCGGCACAGACAACCCCUGUAGAGUAGGAACGUACCGGAAUGAACUGGGAGGGAGGGAGCAGGACAACUGCAUGGACUGUCCAGAGGGGAACUACUGUAACCCUGCAGGUACGGCUGUGCCCAUCCCUUGUGAGAGGGGACACUUCUGUCCUGUGGGUACAGGAGACUACCAAUCCUCCCCCUGCUACGGAGGGACCUUCACCGCAGAGACGGGUGCUAGUGUGUAUUCGGCCUGUCAGCAGUGUCCUGCUGGCUACUACUGUCCAAACGGUACCUCGGACCCCGUGGCCUGUCCAGCCGGCACAUACAACCCCAACGUUGGUCAAGACGAACAAGAUGACUGUAAGCCUUGCAUUGCUGGACAAGCCUGCACACAAUCUGCACUGACUCAGCCAGACACAGACUGCUCUCCUGGGUACUUCUGUCCUGCCGGCUCUGACGAUCCAGACGACGUUAUCAACCCUUGUCCUGCCGGCACGUACACAGACUAUCGUAACCUGACAUCAGCUGCACAGUGUGACACCUGUCCGGCUGGGGUCGCCUGUCUUUCAGGCACAGGAGGUCAGCAAAAGGCUCCCGAGCCGUGUGCAGCCGGUCACUACUGUCCGGACGGGACCCAGUUCCCCAUGCAGUUCCCCUGUGUGGCCGGUACCUACAGUAACCUGACCAACCUGGAGCACUCAGAUGAGUGUUACGUGUGUACCCGUGGGUACUACUGUCUGCAGGCAGCUACUGAACCAUCUGGGCUCUGUGCUAGAGGCCAUUGGUGCCCAGCUGGCACAGCUACAGCCACAGAGAACCCCUGUCAUGGCGGCUCAUACUCCAACAACGAGGGCAACACUCGCUGGGAGGAAUGCGAGGACUGUCCGGAGGGCGCCUACUGCCCCGUGGCCUCGUCCCUACCCACUGAGUGUCCUGCCGGGACCUACAACUCGGAGAUCGAGCAGGAUGACCUGUCCGACUGUGUGGACUGUACAGCCGGCCACUACUGUAAUGGAACCGGCAAUGUGGAACCUGUGCCCUGUGGAAAAGGCGCUUAUUCUGCUGAAGGUUGGUCAGAGUGCAAUGCAUGUGACCCUGGCCACUGGUGUGACUCGGAGACCACCAGCCAGACCUACAUGCUGACGGAACUGAUCUGUCCAGCGGGGAUGUGGUGCAAGGCCGGUCGGGACAAACCUCCGGACCUACAGACUGACCCCUGCCCAACUGGUCACUACUGUCUCAGGGGUAACAUUGACCCCAACCCUGUACCGUGCCCCAAUGGUACCUACAGCGACGAACUUGGCCUCCAAACUGAGGAUGAGUGUCAGAUCUGCCCUGCUGGGAAGUACUGUUGGCCAGGGGGACUGUCCGCUCCAGCUGACGACUGUCCUGGCGGACACUUCUGUCCGGAGGGUACUGGCUGGAUGUACACCAACCCCUGCCCACAAGGCUUCUACCUCAACGCCUCAGCAGGGGAGUCCUUCCAGGGGUGCACACUGUGUAUCUCUGGGUACUACUGUGAUGAGGAAGGACUAGCCUGGCCAAAGACAUGCCCUGAAGGUUACUACUGUCCCACCGGCAGUAACUUCCCCCAGCCAUGUCCCCUUGGGACGUACAGUAACUCGACAGGUCUGCGCGUGAGCUCGGACUGCGUGGCAUGUCCAGGAGGGUGGUACUGUGACGGCCUGGCGCUGACCGCACCGGCUGGUCAGUGUGAUGCUGGCUUCUACUGCAGAUCCAGAGCCUCCUCAUCGGCCCCUCCAGAUGACCUGACCGGUGGAGUGUGUCCAGCUGGUGGCUACUGUCCGAUCGGCUCGGCCAUCCCGACAUCCUGUCCACAGGGGACAUACAGUAACUCCUCGGGCGCAGCAGGGCCGGAGGACUGUGUACAAUGUGAUCCUGGAUACUACUGUGCUGGUGACACCAACCCAGAGCCUACCGGACCAUGUGACCCUGGGUACUACUGCACAGGUGGUGCCUCCAGUCCAAACCAGUUUGAGACUCCAGCCGGAAGCUACACUGAGGCUGCAGCGUACAACCCUAAACCUUGUCCUGUGGGCACUUACCAAACUUCCCCAGGCCAGGCCAGCUGUGAUGACUGCCUACAGAGUUACUACUGUAACGGCACAGGAUUGGUCAACCAGCUCAUCUGUCCUCCCGGGUCCUACUGUCCACCCAGGAGUGCAAUACCCACACCCUGCCCACCGGGAACAUUCUAUGGUGCGACUGGUGCGUCCGAGGAGGUCCAGUGUGAACCCUGCUCCCCCGGUCAGUACUGCACGGCCUACGGGCUGCCCUCUCCCCAGGGACCAUGUGCUGCUGGACAUUACUGUACACUGGGAGCAAACGUCUCCACUCCUAUAGUCCAAAAAUGUUUCUUCUGCUCCGGCGGUUCCCUGUACGCCCGCCCCACAGACGAGGAACAGCACGGUGGAGACGCCUGUCCCAUCGCACACUACUGUCCCGAGGGAACAGCCAGCCCGCUGCGCUGUGCAAACGGAACUUACGUCAAUGAGACAGGAAACUCCCAGUGUUACCCCUGCCCAGCAGGUAUCAAUGUGAGUAAUCCUGAACCAGGAACGUUCCGUGGAAAUGGCGGCCCCUGUCCACCAGGCUUCUUCUGUCCGUCCGGGACGUCCAACCCCGACCCCUGCCCCAGCGGCACGUACUCUGACCAGACCCACGUGAAGAGUGUUGACGGGUGUAAGGACUGUGCCCUGGGACAGUACUGCAUGUCAACUAACCUGACCGCACCCACUGGGCCGUGUGAUCCUGGCUUCUACUGUCUCAGGGGGAAUGUCCAUCCAAACCCUAUAGGUGAUGAUGAGACGAUGGGCGGACCCUGCUUGAUCGGUCACUACUGUCCCGAGGGCACGUCCUACCCGCUGGGCUGUCCGGCAGGAACGUACAACAACCUGACCCAGCAGACAGAGUGUGCAGCCUGCCCAGCUGGGUACUACUGUCCUGAGAACUCCACCACAUACGAAACAUACCCCUGUCCGGUUGGACACUACUGUCCUAAUGGGACAAGAUACUCCAGUGAAUACCCGUGUCCACGAGGAUACUACCGCGGGACAGAGAUGGGCCAGAGUGUGGAAGACUGCUCACCGUGUUCCCCUGGGAGCUACUGUCUUGGAGGGGAGGACUCACCUACAGCACAAUGUAACCCUGGCUGGUACUGUGUAAAUGCAGCCUGGAGCCCAGAGCCCAACGAGUAUUCCGUGCUGGACUACAGCAGCUAUGGAGACUGCCUCUGUCCAGCCAACACCACGGGUGGGCAGUGUCGGCCUGGAUUCUUCUGUCCACAGGGCUCACAGGAACCCACCUCCUGCACAGCUGGGUCCUACUGUGCUACUCCAGGUCUGUCCAGUGCCUCAGGCCCAUGUCUGGAGGGGUACUACUGCAGUGGGGGUGCCAGUCAGUGGGAUCCUACAGACGGCAUCACAGGAAACAUCUGUCCUCCAGGCAGAUACUGUGAGAAUGGUACAGGCAUCCCCUCCCUGUGUCCGAUCAGCACCUACACCAACUCUACAGGCAGGACCAGUCUGCAGGACUGCCUGCCCUGCACGGCUGGCUACUACUGUGAGACUCCCGGACUGACAGAGCCCACAGGACCAUGCACCGCAGGUUACUACUGUCCAGCUGGCCAGAACAUCAGUGACCCCUUCCCCUGCCCAGCAGGCCAUUACUGUGAAGUCGGUAGUUUUGAGCCGACGGCGUGUGACUCAGGCACCUGGCAGGACCAGGAUGGACAGCCCCAGUGCAAGGAAUGCCCCUCAGGGUAUUACUGUGACCGGAACAACACCCCAGUGGUUGACUACAGCAGCUAUCCCUGCCCCGUGGGGCACUUCUGUCCCAACGGCACAGAGUUUGCCACCCAGCACGGCUGUCCCCACGGGACCUACAGCAGUGCCGUCAUGCUGGAGAGGAGCGAUCAGUGCGACCCCUGUCCGCCUGGAAAAUUCUGUCGGGAUACUGGGCUCAGUGCAGUCACAGGUGACUGCAAUGCCGGGUUCUGGUGUAAGAAUGGAUCGUGGUCAGAAGUGCCCACAGAUGGGACUACUGGAGAGAGCUGUCCUGAAGGACACUUCUGCAUACAAGGUACCCCCUCCCCUGAAGGCUGCCCUGUUGGUACCUGGUCCAACAGUACAGGACUACAGGCAGCUGAUGACUGCUUCCCCUGCUCUGGUGGUUACUACUGCAAUGGUACCGGACUCACCGAGCCUUCAGGACCAUGCGAUGCAGGGUACUACUGCAACAACAGUGCCACUACACCCACCCCUGAUGAUGGUGGUCUGACCGGUGCUCCAUGUUGGGCUGGUCACUACUGUCCGGAGGGCACUGCCCACCCCAUCCCCUGCAGCCCUGGAACCUACAUGGUCACCACGCAGGCUGAGGCAUGUGACGUGUGCCCAGCUGGCCGCUACUGUGUGUCAGGCUUUGAACCACAGAGGUGUCCCAUUGGUUACUACUGUCCUGAAGGAACCGGUUUUGACUGGCAGGCCUGUCCGCCGGGUACGUUCAGUAUGGCUGACGGCCUGGCUAACCAGACCCAGUGUACGCUCUGCUCCCCCGGCAAGUACUGCUCCAGUCCCAACGCCACGUCUGUAACGGGAGACUGUGCUGCUGGGUACUUCUGUCAGGAGGGGUCUGACACCGCCACACCAGAGGUCACAUACACAGGUGUGGCUGGAGUGUGUCCAGCUGGUCACUACUGUCCAGUAGGAACAUCAACACCAGAACCAUGUCCCAGGGGAAGAUUUAGCAACCUCACAAAACUCACCAACUUUACCGAAUGUGAGCUGUGCCUAUAUGGGCAGUACUGUGGGGAGGAGGGGCUGAUGGAGCCCAGUGGGGACUGCCAUGCUGGGUUCUACUGUCUACGGGGAGCUGAGGAGCCCAACAAUCCCUCAGCAGACUCCAACAGUGGACCAUGCCCCGCAGGAUUUUUCUGUCCAAAUGGCACUUCCUUCCCCCUGGGGUGUCUUGCUGGAACCUACAACCCACUGGAGGGCCAGGCAGAGUGUGUGGACUGUGAGCCUGGGUACUACUGUCCUGCUAACUCAACCACAUACCUGGACUACCCCUGCCCUAUGGGGCACUACUGUCCCUCAGCCACACAGUCUGCCACACAGUACCCGUGUGACAAGGGGUACUACAACGACUAUGAGGGCAGGGCCAGCAUUGAUGACUGCAAGCCCUGUGAACCAGGUUACUACUGUGGAAGUGCAGGCAGCAGGAACAUUACUGCCCCCUGUGCCCCCGGCUGGUACUGCAUCAGAGGAGCAUGGUCAGCCCAGCCCACAGACCUGGGUGACCUCAACAUCACCAGCAACUGUUUCUGUCCAGCCAACACCACCGGGGGUCAAUGUCAGCCGGGAGAGUUCUGUCCGGCUGGAUCCAGUCAGCCAUUGCCAUGCACACCAGGUUCCUACUGUGAACUUGCUGGCCAGGCUAACGUAACAGGGGAAUGCUCUGCUGGGUACUAUUGCAGCGGUGGAGCCUCUGUCUCAAAUCCGACUGAUGACAUCACUGGUGCGGAAUGUCCAGCCGGUCACUACUGUCCACAGGGGACAGCUGACCCCCUCCCUUGUCCAGCUGGCUACUACACCAACUCCAGCAGAAAUACUGAGUUCAUAGACUGCAGGCCUUGUCUGCCUGGUACUUUCUGUGGUUCUGUUGGCUUGGUGGAGCCCACCGGUCCUUGUGAUGCCGGCUUCUACUGUCCCGGGGGACAGAACGUCAGCCGUCCUGACGACUACAUCUGCACACCUGGUCACUUCUGUGAGGAAGGAAGCGCUGACCAGAUGACCUGUGUGCCAGGCUCGUACCAGGAUGACUUUGGACAGGCCAUGUGUAAGGAGUGCCCGUCAGGGUACUACUGUGACUCCACCCUGCAGAACGACACCCUCUGCACCCAUGGCGUACAGAGCCCUCAGGUCUGUCCAGUGGGCCACUACUGUCCGAACGGUACCAAGUAUGCCACGGAACACGGCUGUCCUAACGGUACCUACAGUGAUCGUACCCAGCUACAGGACGUGAGUGAGUGUACGCCGUGUCCAGGGGGUCAGUACUGUGGACAGGAGGGCCUACCUGCACCAACUGGUGAAUGUGAACAAGGGUAUUACUGCAGCUCAGGUUCGUGGACCCCCACACCUGAUGAUGGGACCACAGGUGACAUCUGCCCACCUGGUUACUACUGCCCAGCUGGCACCAACACCACACUGCACUGUCCACCUGGAACAUACAACCCUACAACAGGUCUGUGGGCAGAAGUCCAGUGUCAGGGGUGUGAACCAGGACAGUACUGCCCUAACUACGGCAUGGAUGCGCCAGCAGGGAACUGUAGCGCCAGGUACUACUGCAGUGGGAAUGCUACAGACUCACAACCUACCGAUGGCAUCACAGGUGACAGCUGUCCAGUUGGUCACUACUGUCCGGCCGGGUCUGGUGAGCCGAUCCUUUGUGAACCAGGCACGUACACAGACACAGAACUGAACGAGGAGUGCCUACCAUGUACACCUGGACACUACUGCAUCACUGGAUCCAGUCCACAGGAUUGUCCAACAGGGUACUACUGUCCUGAGGGUACAGGUCAUGUGUGGGAGUCCUGUCCCCUGGGAACGUACAGUGAUAACAUAGGCCUGAGUAACGUGACAGAAUGUAAGCAGUGUACACCUGGGUACUACUGUGACAGGCUCAAUGCAACAUCUACAGCAGGUCUCUGUGCUGCUGGACACUACUGCAGAAGUGGCUCCGACUCGCGGGAGCCAACCUCCUCAGCCCGUGGGGAUGCAGGGAUCUGUCCCGCGGGACAUUACUGUGCUGAGGGCACUGGGAACCCCCCACCCUGCCCCGCUGGGACCUUCAACAACAAGACCCAGGCCACCAGCAGCAGUGACUGCCAACAGUGUCUACCUGGUACCUACUGUGACCAGCAGGGCCUGGUGUUCCCUACCGGAGACUGUGAGGCAGGGUUCUACUGCACUCUGGGGUCCAACAGCUCCCGCCCAUCAGAAGUCAGCGACACAGCAGGCCCGUGUCCCGCCGGCCAUUACUGUCCCACAGGCACCAGCGUGCCCAACGCCUGUCCAGCUGGCGAGUACAGCCCCGCGGAACAGCGGGACAGCUGUCUGGACUGUCCUCCCGGCUACUACUGUCAGGUCACAAGUACCAACUAUACAGAGUGUCCUAAAGGCCACUACUGCCCAGCGAAGACAGAGUUUGCAGAGCAGUACCCCUGCACCAACGGCACCUACAACAACCAGACUGCACAGAGCAGCAUCAAUGCCUGCCAGCUGUGUCUGGCCGGUCACUACUGUCCAGACGAGGGCAUGGCCGAGCCGGCCGGACUGUGUGCUCCGGGGUGGUACUGCACUCUGGGGUCCUGGCAGAGACAACCCACACCACUGGGGAAUGAUACAGGUUCCACAUGUAACUGUCCAGCCCAGACAGUUGGCGGGAAGUGUCGAGCAGGCACGUUCUGUCCCGAGGGUUCUGAUUGGCCCACGCCGUGCACCCCCGGGUACUACUGUGAGAACGACGAACUACCGGCUGUCAGCGGUCCCUGCCAGGCUGGGUACUACUGUAACGGAAGUACCAUCGUCUCCCAGCCGUAUAACGACACCACAGGAGAUGUAUGUCCUCAAGGACAUUACUGCCCUACAGCCAGCAACUAUCCACUAGCCUGUCCACCAGGUACCUACAGCGACCGUUUCUCCAACCAUCAUGCCAAUGACUGUAUCCCUUGUACGGAGGGGUAUUACUGCCCCGGCUGGGGCCUUCCCACCCCGCCCGGUCCGUGUGACGCAGGGUGGUUCUGUCCGGAAGGCUCCAUAGACAGGCAGCCGGACGGGAACCGGUGCCUGCCGGGUCACCAGUGUCCGCAGGGGAGCGGUAGCCAAGAACCAUGUCCAUCUGGGUUGUACCAACCUGAUGCAGGGGAGGGCAGCUGUCUGUUGUGUCCUGCAGGUCAAUACUGUGACAGAGACGAAGCCAUUGCAGAACAACAGAGUGGUGUAAACAGCACAACCCAUGGGGUGGUCACACCUAAAGAAUGUCCUGCAGGUUUCUACUGUCCGAAUGGGACGGAGAGUGACCGUCAGUUCCCCUGCCCGGUCAGCAGCUACAGCAACACCACCGGGCUGGAGAGUGAGGCGGAGUGCCGGGCGUGUCCGGAGGGGUUCUACUGCGAGGCACAGAACAUCACGGAGCCCACGGGGCCGUGUGCUGCAGGGUUCUACUGUGUCCUCGCUGCCGUCACACCGACACCUGAACCUGCUGAUGCCACAGGAGGGCCAUGUCCUCAAGGUACUUAUUGUGAUGAGGGUUCAUCUUGGCCGACUCCCUGUCCCAAGGGUACAUACGGAGAUCGUGACAAGCUGCCCUCGCUGGGAGAUUGUACAGACUGCCCACCAGGAGAGUUCUGCAUGCAGACCGGGCUCACUGCUCCUAAUGGUUCCUGUCUACCAGGGUACUACUGCACCCUGAAGGCCAUUGACCCCAACCCAGUCAAUGAGACAUACGGCGACAUUUGCCCUGAGGGUCACUACUGUCCGGCAGGGAGUGACCAGCCCAGACACUGUCCUGCUGGGACGUACCAACCUGACCAGCAGAGGGAUGACCCCACAGACUGUCUCCCCUGUGGUCCCGGGAAGUACUGUGAUCAAACGGGUCUCGCCAAUGAGACUGGUCUCUGUCAGCCAGGGUUUUACUGCCUCAGUGGAGCGAACAUGUCCACACCUCAGGACGGAGUGACAGGAGACAUCUGUCCUGCUGGGUUCUACUGUCCCGAGGGUUCUCCUGCCCCCUACGACUGUAACAACGGAACCUACAUGAACCACACCAUGGCUGAGGAGUGCUAUGACUGUCCUGAAGGGUACUACUGUGUGAACGGUGACCGCGCAGACCCCUGUCCUCCUGGCUACUACUGUCCGCCCAGGACAGGCGCUGACCUACAGCUGUGUCCGGCCGGGACCUACAACCCGCGCACCCUACUCAGCUCUGUGGACCAGUGCACAGACUGCGACCCAGGGAAGUACUGUCUACUCCCAGGCAGGGACUCCUAUACAGGGCCCUGCGCCGCGGGCUACUACUGCCAGUCAGGAGUCAACAUGGACAAACCCACGGGCAACCACACGGGUCACGGCGCCAUCUGUCCCGCCGGUCACUACUGUCCGGAGGGCAGCGCAGAUCCGCUGGGCUGUCCAGCCGGUCAGUACAUGGAGCUGGAGGGUCAAGAGAGCUGCUCACAGUGUGAACCUGGCUACUUCUGUCCGGACAACUCAACCUCGUUUACAGAAACACUCUGCCCAACAGGUCACUACUGUCCUGGUGGUACGACCUCGGCGUAUGAGAACCCCUGCCCCCGCGGAAGCUACAACCCCGUGAACGGCAGCGCCAGCGCUGACGACUGCCUGUCGUGUCCCGCCGGGCAGUACUGCCUGGCCGACGGACUGGAACAGCCCACAGGGAACUGCAGUGCCGGCUGGUAUUGCACAGGGGGCGCUUAUUCAGACAAGCCUUUGCCAGUCAGCAAUGCCACAGAUCUGUCUGAAUGCACCUGUCCACUUGUUAACUACACAGGUGGUAAGUGCUGGCCGGGUACAUACUGCCCCAGCGGCUCUGCUUAUCCAGUAUCCUGUGAUGAAGGGUCCUACUGUAUGGGUUAUGGCAGGGAGACACCAAAUGGACCAUGUGAUGCAGGGUAUUACUGUGACGGUGGGAUGUCUGAGCCAGACCCUGCAGAACGUGUGUGUACACCAGGGCACUUCUGUGUACAGGGCUCGGCCACCCCUCAGCCCUGUCCUGCUGGCACAUUCUCCAACAUGUCAGGUAAUAUUGAAGAAGACGACUGUUCCCCCUGCACACCUGGCUACUACUGUGAAGGUCCAGCCAAUGUCAAUGCCACCAACCUGUGCUCAGCCGGGUAUUACUGUCCUGCUGGGCAGAAAACAUCCACCCCUGACCAGUACAACUGCACUCGUGGUCACUUCUGCCCCGAGGGCAGUCCGGACCCGGAGCCGUGUCCAGCUGGACAGUACCAAGAUGAAGAUGGUCAAGAUGAUUGUAAGAACUGUCCACCUGGCAGGUACUGUGACCCAGUGGAGGCAGCAGCCUUGUAUGGAGUAUCCAGUCAUGGAGUCAUCAUACCGGUAGACUGUCCUGCUGGGUACUACUGCCUACAGAACACAGCCUCACGGCACCAGCAUCCGUGUCCUGACGGUUACUAUAGCAACACGACAAACCUGGAGCGAGAGGACCAGUGCCUGCCCUGUCCUGGUGGAACAUUCUGUGACUCUCCUGGUCUGACUGAGCCCACGGAUGAGUGUACUGCAGGUCACUACUGUAGCCUGGCCGCCAUCGCUCCCAACCCCAUCCUGCAAUCCUACGGAGACUACUGCACUGCUGGCCACUAUUGCCCCCAGGGUACAGGGGAGCCCGUCCCCUGCCCCAGGGGAACGUUCCUGCCCGACACAGGGAUGGACGAACUGACGGAUUGUCUGAACUGUACUGGAGGGAAGUACUGUGAGCAACAGGGACAGAACAAUGUCACAGAUGACUGUGAGGCAGGGUUCUACUGCGCUAGUGGUGCGUGGACAGCCACCCCCACAGACGGAGUGACAGGAGACGUGUGUCCGCCUGGCCACUACUGCCCAGUCGGGUCCCCCCAGCCUGUACCAUGUGAUGAUGGUACAUACAUGAACCACACCCAGGCUGAAGUCUGUGACACGUGUCCAGCGCGGUACUACUGUGUGAGAGGAGACAUAGCCGACCCCUGUCCUGCUGGUCACUACUGUCCAGUUGGAACCGGUUUUGACUGGAAGAACUGUCCUAAAGGUACAUAUGGUCCUGUUGAGAUGCUUGCAGCAGCUAAUGAGUGCACUGAAUGUGAUGGAGGAAGCUUCUGUAGCGAGAGCGGUGCCACCAACGUCACAGGGAUGUGUGCUCCAGGCUACUUCUGUCAGUGGGGUGUGGACACUGCAACACCCAACGGCAACCACACAGGCAGUGGAGGAGAGUGUCCGGAGGGGAGUUACUGCCCAGAAGGCACGUCAGACCCGAUCGGCUGUGAGGCAGGCACGUACAACGACAGGACCCUGCAGGCCAACUGUACUGCAUGUCCUCCAGGCUACUACUGUCCUGUCAACUCUACAACCUAUGUGGGCACACCGUGUUGGUCAGGGUUUUACUGCCUGGAGGGGACAGCCACCCCGACCCAGUACCCCUGUCCUGCAGGCACCUACAACAACAGGAGUCGUGCUGACAGUGCGUUUGACUGCCUACCAUGUCCAGGUGGACAGUACUGUGCAGGAGAUGGGCUGUCCACACCCACAGGUGACUGUGCGCCUGGGUGGUUCUGCUCAGGUGGUGCCUUCAGCGACAAGCCAUCGCCCUACGUGAACACCAGCGACUCAUACAGUGUGGACACCGAAUGUCCAGUCUACUCCCUUAACUUAACUGGCGGCAUCUGUACACCAGGUACAUACUGCCCGGAGGGAUCUGAGCGCCCCACGCCGUGUGACCUGGGUCAGUACUGUGAGCACCAUGCGCUGGAUGCCACGUCAGGCCCGUGUUCCGCCGGGUACUUCUGUAAUGGCAGUGCUGAAGUGAGAGACCCUCAGCCCUGCUCCACAGGGCACUACUGUCCUGAGGGAAUGGACAUGGAGAUGCCUUGCCCUGCUGGGACAUAUGCAGACCAAGAAGGAAAUGCAAACAUAUCUGAGUGCACGCCCUGCACACCCGGGUCCUACUGCAGUGACUGGGGUAUGGACAGUCCCAGCGGCCCGUGUGCCGUUGGGUACUAUUGUCCAGGCGGUCAGAACACCUCCACGCCCAUGGACCUGGCCUGCAGCCCUGGACACUUCUGUCUGCAGGGCAGCUGGAACCAGACAGGCUGUCCCAGCGGUUACUACCAGCCACACUGGGGCCGCGGAACCUGCGAUAUGUGUGAGGAGGGAUUCUACUGUCAGGCAUAUGGUGAUUAUGAGGUGCUAGACUACGACAACACCACUUCAUCCGGAAACUUCAGUAGCCGGUACCGCAGCGUACGGGGAGUGUCCGUCCCCACGGUGUGUCCACCUGGCUCCUACUGUCCGGCUGGGACCAAGUUUGCCACCCAGUACCUGUGUCCAGAGGGAACGUACAGUAACAGCUCCGGCCUGGCCAAUCACACACAGUGUGCACCAUGUGAUCCUGGCAUGUUCUGUCUAGGAGAAGGGAACACUGAGCCAACAGACAACUGCACGGCUGGGUACUUCUGUAGUCAGGGUGCCUGGACCUCCACUCCUAUUGAUGGUACCACAGGAGACAUCUGUCCUGAGGGCAGAUACUGUCUGUCAGGGAGUAUUACUGGGACAGGCUGUCCAAAGGGAACCUUCAGUAACAUGACAGGGCUGACCGAGGCAUCAGAGUGUCGUGCCUGCACCCCAGGACACUACUGUGCAGACACCGGCCUCACCCAGGAGUCAGGGCAAUGCUGGGCAGGGCACUACUGUUUGGAAGGCUCUGACCAGGCCACACCAGUGGGAGAAACAUUCGGUGAUGAGUGCACGGCAGGACACUACUGUCCCAAUGGCACAGACACACCCGUGGCCUGUCCACCGGGAACGUUCCUACCGACCCGCGGCAUGGAGAAGUUGUCAGACUGUGUAGACUGCAGUUCAGGUUUCUACUGCGAGACCCCUGGCCAGACUAACGUGACUGCUGAGUGUGCGGCCGGGUUCUACUGUCAGCAGGCAGCCAACACCAGCACCCCUACAGAUGGACUCACAGGUGACAUCUGUCCAGAGGGUCACUACUGUGACCUUGGAUCCCCCUCCCCGGUCCCCUGUGGUAAUGGUACCUUCAUGAACCACACGGGAGCCUCGGCCUGCUACGUGUGUCCUGCUGGCCACUACUGCGUGAACAGGGACAGGGCUGACAACUGUACCCAGGGGUACUACUGUCCCGAGGGCACGGGCGCCGACCUGUGGCCCUGCCCUGCAGGCUUCUACGGUGGGGCCCCUGGGCUCAGACAGGAGGCAGACUGUACAGAAUGUUCAGGUGGGAGCUACUGUUCCAUCCCAGGACUGCCUGCACCUGAGAAUGACUGUGCUGCCGGCCACUUCUGCAUAGAGGGUGUCGACACCGCCACUCCCAACGGCCUGAACAACACGGGGUUGGGGGGCAUCUGUCCAACUGGCUACUACUGUCCCACGGGAACUGCUGCACCGAGAGCGUGCGAGGCAGGCACCUUUAACUAUCAGGAGGGGCGAGCUUCAUGCGAUCUUUGCCCAGCGGGGUACUUCUGCUACCUGAACACCAGCGAUCCCUACGCCAACAUCUGUCCCAGCGGACAUUACUGCCCUGCGGGCACGGAGUACGGGGAGGAGAACCCGUGUUUGGCGGGGACGUACAACCCGCUGCCAGGCCAGCAGAACAGCUCGGCCUGCGUGCUGUGUGACCCGGGAACGUACUGUCAGGGAGACGGGCUCAGUCAGCCCACAGGAAACUGCAGUGCAGGGUGGUACUGCACAGGGGGCGCUAGUGAGGCACAGCCCCUACCUCCAGGUAACGUGACCGCCUGCACCCUUCCAGCCAACUACAGCGACGUCUCCAUGUGCAGCUGUUCGGAGAUCGCGUACACCGGGAACCGCUGUCCUCCCGGGCACUACUGUCCGCAGGGAUCCACCGCACCACGGAAGUGUGACGGGGGAUGGUACUGUCAGGGGUAUGAGCUGUCCACACCAACAGCGGAGUGUGCUGCGGGAUACUACUGUCCCGAGGGGGUGGGGGUGACCAUGCCCGACCCCCCUGAGUUCCCCUGUACACCAGGACACUACUGUGAGCUGGGCUCUCCUGUACAGACUCCCUGUCCCAACGGAACCUUUUCCAACACCAGCAAAAACACCCAGCUGUCCAACUGCAGGUCCUGUACUCCAGGCUUCUACUGUGGUGGAGAGGGUCUUGUGGCCCCGUCAGCACCUUGUGCACCUGGGUUCUACUGUCCAGCUGGUCAGAUAACAGACACACCUGCAGAGUACACCUGUCCAGCUGGCUUCUACUGUCCCGAGGGAAGUCCUACACCUGAGAUUUGUGCCAGAGGCACCUACCAGUCCAUCCCAGGACAGGCCCUGUGUGAGGUGUGCCCCUCCGGGUCCUACUGUGACCCACAUGAGCUGAACAACGUGACGGGAGUCAUCACCCCUGAGCCAUGUGUACCUGGACAUUACUGUCCCAACGGCACGGAGUACGCCGCCCAGAACAAAUGUCCUGCUGGCACAUACAGCAACGCCAACUCACUGGCUAGUGCAGCUGAGUGUGCUGACUGUCCCCCGGGGAUGUACUGCCUGGACGAGGGUCUGAUGGCCCCCACAGGAAACUGUAGCGCUGGCUUCUACUGCGCAGGAAGGGCAGACAACCCAACACCUACUGACGGCACCACAGGAGACAUCUGUCCACAGGGGCAGUAUUGUGAGCAGGGAUCAGAAAUAGGGACGGACUGUCCGGUUGGUCGCUAUGGGAACCAGACCGGUCUGCGUGCGUCUACCGACUGCCCGCUGUGCGACUCCGGAUACUACUGUGAUCGUCCCGGGCUCACAGAACCCUACCAGCCCUGCCAUGCAGGGUACUACUGUGCAGUGGGCUCCACCAGUCCCAACCCCACGUUGUGCCCUAGUGGUGCCUACUGCCCAGAGGGUACCCCUAACCCUGUACCCUGUCCUGCUGGAACAUACCAACCCUUCAUGGCUCCAGGUAAGACCAACAGCAGCUCCUGUGUGGAGUGUACACCUGGACACUACUGCCAGGACGGAGGCCAGCCCAACGUGACGGGAGACUGUCUGCCCGGGCACUACUGUAUCCGAGGGGCAAGCGUGCCAAAUCCAAUGGACGGUGACACAGGAGACAUCUGUCCCAGAGGUUUCUAUUGCCCAGCACAAAGUUACUGGCCUAUUCCAUGUGCCAACGGAACGUAUGCCAACGACACUGGAGCGUCCGAGUGUAUGGUGUGCCCAGCUGGGUACUACUGCUCUGGGGGAUCUACAGCGGUCAACUGUGUCCAGGGCUUCUACUGCCCACCAGGGACUGGCACUGACCUUCAACCAUGUCCAGCAGGAACAUUUGGUGCCCGCACUAAUCUGGAGACAGAGUCUGACUGCACGCCCUGCUCCGGUGGCAAGUUCUGCGACACGGACGGUUUGGAUGACACCACUGGAGACUGUGAACCCGGAUACUACUGCACCAGCGGUGUGAAUGUGUCCAGACCAGAAGGCCUGAACACUGGUGUUGGUGGGAGGUGUCCACCUGGACACUACUGUCCACUGGCAUCAGCCAAUCCAAUAGAGUGUGCAGCUGGCACCUAUGCCAGUCAGGGAGGCCUGGCUGUGUGUGACCCCUGCCCACCUGGUUUCUACUGUGUAAAUCAGACAGUCACGCCGGUGGAGUGUCCUCCUGGUCACUACUGCCCAGAGGGGACAGAGUUUGACCAGCAAUAUCCAUGUCCAGCUGGAACUUACAACAACAAGACAGGUCAGCACAACGUGUCAGACUGCCCUGCCUGUCCCCCGGGGAUGUUCUGCGAGGGGCUGGGGCUGGUGCAGCCCUCGGGCUGGUGCGACGAGGGGUUCUACUGCAGCGGGGCGUCCAGCAGUCACCGCCCGUUCGAUGUGGGAGUGACGACUACUCUGUCUCCCACUGCAGCACCAAUUACGAACUACGGUAACGACACGUGCCACCCCCUGUAUGACUGUGUGUGCCCGGACAAUGCCAUGACAACAGGAGGCCUGUGUGGACCCGGAUAUUACUGUCCAUACGGGUCCCCUACAGCCAUGCCCUGUGAUGGAGGAAUGUACUGUGAAACUCCUGGUCUUACAACUCCUACAGGCCCUUGCCAAGCAGGGUUUUACUGUAACCACACAAGCGACCGUCCCGACCAGCACAUCUGCCCAGCGGGACACUACUGUCCUGACAGGACUGACGUGCCCAUCGCAUGUCCUGCUGGUACCUACAGUCGUACCGCUGGCAACGACGAACUGUCGGACUGUCUCAACUGCACUGCUGGCUUCUAUUGUGAAGGUGAUGGUAAUGCUGAUGUGGACGGCCCCUGUAGCGAAGGCUACUACUGUCCGGCAGGGCAGGCCACCUCCACCCCUCCCGCCUUCCUGUGUCCCAGGGGACACUUCUGUCAGCAGGGUUUCCCCGAGCCCGUCCUGUGCCCCAACGGCACGUUCCAGGCACAGCAGGGUCAGCGCGACUGUGACCAGUGUCCAGCUGGGUACUACUGUGACCCCAACAUUGGGGAGCCUGUCGUGACCCCCGACCCUUGCCCUCAGGGGUACUACUGCCCACCCGGCACCCCCCUCAGCACCUCGUUCCCCUGCCCCCCGGGGACAUACGGAGCAAACAUGAACCUGACCCAGGAGUCUGACUGUACUGACUGCACCGCUGGGUUCUACUGUGAAACCCCUGGGCUCAGUGCACCGACUUCAGAGUGCUAUGCUGGGUACUACUGCACAGGAGGAGCCUCAAGCCCAACACCUCUCAACGAUGGAGUGGAUUCUAGCAACAACGUGACCUUCACAGGCAACGAUGAGUGCCCAAUUGGACAUUUCUGCUCCAACGGGACGGCCUACCCCCAGGACUGUCCUGCUGGCACCUUCUCAAACAACAAGGGCGUGACGGAGGAGGACGGCUGUGAGCCUUGUGAGCGAGGCCGGUACUGCAGCCAACUGGGCUUUGUCAACAUUGAUGCUGCACCUCCCUGUGACGAAGGAUUUGUUUGCACUGGAGGCAGUACAACACCUCGGCCUACAGACCCAGCCAUGGGAUACAUCUGUCCUGCCGGCUUCUACUGUCCAGCAGGGACUCUAUAUGAGCUAGGCUGUGAAUUUGGAAGCUACAACCCCAACCCAGGGCAGGCCAACUGUACAGUGUGUCCUGUUGGGUACAUGUGUGACCAGGUCAACAUGACGGCUCCGGAGCCAUGCAAGUCAGGACACUACUGUCCUGAGGGUGUGCCCUCCCCAGUGCCCUGUCCAGAGGGCACAUACAACAACAAGACCGGCCUGAGGGAGGAAAGCGAAUGUGAUGACUGCCUGGCUGGGUUCUACUGUGCUGGACCUGGGAACUCCUUCCCUACAGGAGCUGCAUCUGUGUCUGAGUGCCACCCAUGCACAGCCGGGUCCUUCUGUAACAGCACAGGCCUGUCGAUGGCCUCUGGACUCUGCCAUGCUGGGUACUACUGCCCUUCCAACCACUCCACCUCCUCCCCCGCCCCGUCAGGCCUGGAGUGUCCGCCAGGGUUCUACUGCCCAGAGGGUUCGGCCGAGCCUGAGCCCUGCCCCGUGGGGGAGUACCAACCAGCCAGCGGGACGGACUACUGUAUCCCCUGUAGGGCGGGGUACUACUGUCAGAGCGCCAUCAACCCAACCCCACAGCUCUGCCCAGCCUUCCACUACUGCCCUGCAGGAACCAUGGACCCCACCCCCUGCCCCAAUGGCACCUACACUAAUGCCACAACAGAAGGUCUGAAGGCAGAAGACGAGUGUUUGCCUUGUCCAACUGGCUUCUUCUGCAGAGGAGGCCAGUUGGUGGGUACGUGUGCUGCCGGGUACUUCUGCCUGGCCGGUAGUGACGACUACACCCCCGAGGGUGCCCCUCCCCCUGCCGACCCUGACCAGGACCCCUGCACCCCCGGGGAGGUGUGCGCAGGCCCCUGCCCAGGGGGACACUACUGUACAGAGGGGGAGCAGGACCCCUGGCCCUGCCCUGAGAACACACUGAGACAGACUCCCGGCGGCAGCCAGCCCAGCGACUGUGAACCCUGUCCCGCUGGACUGUGGUGCAGAGAAGGUGACCCCACAGCGUACCUGUGUCCUGUUGGGUACUACUGUGACUCCGUGAAUGGUACUACCCCAGGGGAGGGGGCCGGUCCCAAGGAAUGCCCCACCCACACCUACCGGGACGUCCCGGGGGCCAAGCAUGUCGGGGAGUGCUUCAACUGUCCUGCUGGGUCCUGGUGCAACGUCACAGGCAUGAGUGAUCACACGCAGAGUCCAUGUCCGGUUGGGCACUACUGUCUGGAGGCGUCCGACCCCGAGCCCUGUCCUGCCGGACAGAUGAGUAACGUGACCGGCGCCGGUGCGCCAGAGGAGUGUCCGCUCUGCCGGCCUGGGUACCACUGUCCUGCAGGCAUCUCCAACGUCAACGGCUUCCCCUGCGCUCCACACUACGAAUGUCCAGAAGGUGCUGUAAAUGAGACUAUCUGCAGACCAGGUCACUACUGCCCAGGUGUGACAGGCACGCCCCCUAUCUGUCCUGGAGGGUACUACUGUCCAGAGGGCUCCAACAACUACACCAUUUGUGAGUACCCCAACUACUGUCCUGAGGGCAGUGACCGGCAGUGGCCGUGUGACCUGGGCUGGAUGCCUGUGAACGUGACAGGCGUCCGUGACGAGCUGUCCAAGGCUUGCCUAAUCUGUCCCGUGGGAACGUACAGGAACGACUCUGCCUGGGACUACUGUGAGCCCUGCCCUGGGGGGUACUACUGCCCCGCAGGAACUGACCAGUACCUGAAGUACCCGUGCCCCAUCGGCUACUACUGUCCCAACGGUACAGGAGAGCCCAUACCCUGCCGACCGGGCAGCUAUGGGAACAUCAGUCUGGCCUACCGCUAUGGCCAGUGCUUCGAGUGCCCUGUGAACACCUUUAACCACCUGUUUGGACAGAAGGCAUGUUUCCCCUGUGGAAGCUCUGCAACUGCUGUAAAAGGCUCCUCCCACUGCACCUGUAUUGGGUUGUACCGAGCGUUCCAGGAGUCGGAUGGCUCGUGCAUCUGUCAGCCCGGCUAUGUUUACUACAACGAGGCCAACCUCAUGGUUACGGAAGGCAACAGCGAUGCAGACUGUCAGUCUCGGGUGGACGUGAGAUGUGAUCUGGACCAGGUGCGUCUGGCGGGGACUCGGACCUGCGUGUACCCGAGCCAGUACGACUGUACCCCCACCUGUGGGGACAGGGGAGGCGCUCUCUCCAUCGACCUGGGAGUGUGUCUGUGUGACUCGUAUGUAGCACCUGAGGAGAUCUGUGACAGCAGCUGUGUCCAGACCAAACCUGUGGUGACCGCAGGGCUGACCACUACUGGACAGCUGCAGAUGACCACUGUCGACCCAACUUCAGGCCAAACCACAACAGCGGCUGUUCCCAACUGUAUCGGCCCCAGUCAGCACACAUCUGGAGACAAGCCUGUCCACUGGGUGGUUGUGGGGAGCUCAGGAGUAUAUGGUGUCUUACAGACAGAGGCCACUCACACAGAUUACCUAACAACCUCAGGUGCAGUGCCUUCCACAGCCAGACGCAGAAGGAGUGUACCGGACGUGGAGUCCCCGUACUUUGCGCGCCGUCUGUUGAUGACCACCGGACUGCCCAACACGACCGCCUGGACCACCACAGACGUACCGGUCACCACCUCCUCCCUGCUGAACAACGUUCCCCUCAUCCCCAACCCACUGCUGUGUCUUGAGAUAGAGGAGAUGGUCAUCUUUAAAGUGGAGGUCAAUGAGACAGACCGCACAAAGAGCCACUACCCGCGCUACCAGAAGGACCAUCUGUUCAACACCAACCCCAACUUCGACUACGGAGCCUUCCGACAGCUCCAGGAGUACAUCGAAAAGACCAACGUCACAGUCGAGCAGUUUGCCUUCGUUUUCUCCGAUCCUGGCCAGUAUGCAUUCCACGAUGCCCAGGAACCAGGACGUGAGAUCUUUGUGUCGGUGAAGGCUGUGGGGUCCUCGUGCGAGGACGGUGUCGUUCGUAUCCAGCCAGCCACAGAAAACAACCUGGUGACAGCAGGGGUGAAGAAGACAGCUCCUCGGAACCAGGAGCCGGACUGGGGUCUCAUUAUAGGUAUCAUAGCGUUCCUGGGUGCCUGUGUGAUCAUGCUGAUUGUGGCCGUGAUCGUGUGGCGACCGAAGAACGCUGGCAUCUACCCCAUGAACUACUGGAAACCCAAGUACCGCAGCCUGGGAGCACCAGCCAUCGCUUACGCUCCCACAUAUCAUGACAAGGGUGACCUGCUACUUGGUGUGCGUGGAGUAGCGGAGGGAGCAGAGUCCACAACCACUUCAGCCAUGUUCAUGGCACCAGGGGAAGAACAAGAACUAGAGAACUUUAAUGUGCGCACCCUGUACGACAAGCUGGAGGAUCAGAACCUCCACAUCUCAGCACAGCUGGCCAAGGCACAGGAGGACCUACGAGGGUUCUACCAGCGCAUCCAGUGGAGCCAACCUGCGUGAACAGGAGCUGAUGCUGGCCCUGCAGAUCCUGCUGGACCGGAUGAACUCUGGUAACAUCCCCAUCAGUAAAGAAAUGGUGGAGGAGGCACAGAGGAGGCUGGGCAUGGCUGGACAACCUGGAACAUCAGGAGGAUGGAAGGUGCAGGGUCAGGGCGACCUGCUGCGACACCAGAACGCUGAGCGGCUGCAGCUGGAGCGCGACCUUCAGCAGGAGGAGAAGGACAACAUGGAGAAGCUGCUGCAGGACCAGGAGGCCAAGCGACAGCGCACCCUCCAGCAGCUGUCCGACAAGCUCACCUUCCAGCUGCAGGGCGACCUCACCGAGGAGGAGAUCAACCGCAUCAUGGCCAACCACGAGCGGGAGCUGGGGGCCGCCAUGUUGGCCUGGGAGGAGUCGAAGGGCAAGCAGGCGGCGGAGCUGAGGGAACAGCUAGCCAGGAGGAGGAGGGACAAGGAAGCUGCCCUGAGGAACCUUCAUGCCAACCAGUGUGAGCAGGCUGGCAUCCCGGCAGCACCCGAGUCUAAAGACAAUACAGAGGACAAGCUCCAGCACCAGGAGCUGGUGUUGGACACCCUGAUGGCGGAGGAGAACGCAGGCCUGGCCCGCGCACAGAUGGACCACAGCUCCGAACUGGAGGCUGAUAGACAGCAGAAGAUGAGUGACAACAUCAACAGUGUGCUGGAUGACCUUGUCCAGCAGGGCGCGCUGUCAGAAGAGGAGAGCGAGCGUAUCCAGAAACAGCUGAUUGACAGGGAGGCGGCGCUGAAGGCCUCCAUGGAGAAGCGGAAGAACCUGCAGGCCAGCCUGAUGCGGGGUCGCAUGGCGGACAGGAAGAGGCGCCGCAUCCAGCAGCUGAAGGACAGGCAGGGGCUGGAGAGGGAGGCCAAGAUGCACCCAACAGAAGAUGAAGAGGACUCCGACUCUGUCACCAAGCUGAGUGAAGUUGAUCAUCAGUCCACCAUCCAAGACUCCAUAUCUUCCCGAUUUGAGGCUGCCAGAAAGUUGCGGCAAGGGAGAAAGAGAGGGAGGAAAGACCAGGAUGAUGGAAGUGGAAAGAGACAAAGAUUGCUGGAGGCAGGAGAGGAUGUAGCGGAGCUGGACCGGCGCCACGCCCGCGAGCUGGAGGCUCUGGAGGCACAGAUCGCUGCGGAGGAGGCGGAGCACCUGAGGGACAUCAGCAGGAGUCUGGACGAGGAGCACACCAACUCGCUGAAGGAGACGCAGAAGGACGUCCUCAAGGAUCUAUCUUCCAAGCAUGGCGUGGAUGCUGUCAGACAGCAGGAGAUCAUGGACCGCUUCCGUAAGGACCAGGAGAACCUGGAGUACAUGUCUAACAUCCGCAAGGAGCGCCAGACACAAAGGAACACCAGCGUGCCCAAGAUGAGCUCGUGGCCCGACACAAGGAUGAGAGAGAAGAACUGGAGGCCAAGAUGGACCAGGAGAUGCGCAAGAAGGAGGCUGAGGAGAGGAAGAAGUUUGAGUCAGAGAGAGAGAAGGCCCUGAGGGAGAAGAAGAACAAACAAGCCGCUGAGCUGGCUGCCAGGAAGGACCUUACUGAGGAGGAGAUGGCAGCUCUCUUGGCCGCUCAUGAACAAGAACUGGAAGACUUGAACGACCGUCUGGACGCAGAACGUUCCCGUCAGCAGCUGUCGUUGAGGGACAAGCUGCUGGCACGGAAGCGCAACCGGCUGCAGAACAAACAGCGCAAGCAGGAGGCAGAGAUGACAAAGGAGCUCCUCGAACAGAAGAAAGAACUGAAGGAGGCUCGAACAAAACAGGUGAAGGAAGCUGAGAAGCAGGCCAUGAUUGAAGGUAUCCAGCAGAAUGGUACAGAAGCUGGAGACAGAGUCAUCAGGGCGGUACUGGAGCGUCGCCACGCCCAGGAGCUGCAGGAUCUGGAGGAAGAGUACGGUCUGGAGAAGAAGGUGAUGAUCGACGACACACUGAGCCGGCUCCACUCCAGGUGUGGCAGUGAGAGAGACCUGCUGCAGCAGAGGCACGAGGCAGAGCUGGAGGAGCUGGAGAACAGCGGAGCCACUCCGGAGGAGCUCGCACAGCUCCGGGCAGAGAUGCUCAACAGGCAACAACUGGAGCUCAGCUCACUGGACAGGAGACAUUCGCAGGAGGCCCGACAACUGGAGCAGAGUGCGCUGUCUGACUGGGAACUGCGCUUUGCUCAGGCUAAACUGGCUCUCAAGGAAAAGCACUACAAGGAGUUUGCUCAGGCCCUGCUGGAGUUAACCCCAGAUGAACUGGAGGGGAAACAGCGCAGUGUCGAGCAGACGCUGGCCGCCGCACGCGAACUGGAGGAGGUCAGGAACAGGCUGGAACAGCAACGGAAGGAAAACGAGGAGAAACUGAAGAAGGAGAAAGAAGCGUUUGCCAAGGAAGAAGAGGAUAGGAUCAAAGCGGAGCUGUCUGCAUACGAGCAGCAGCUUGAAGAGGAGGCACGCCAGGAGAGGGAGCGCACGGACAAGUCCAUCGCCGCCCUGAACAAGCGGAAGGAGGACCUCCUUAAGGAGAAGAAGCUGAAGGUGAAGGAGGAGAUGGAGCGCGUGGCGCAGCAGGGCGUCAGCGAGGACGAGCAGCGCCGCCUGCUGGAGCAGCACGAGAAGGACGUGCAGAAACUGGAGCAGAAGAUGGAGGCUGAUCGCAUGCGCAUGCAGAGUGGCCUACAGGAGCGACUCAGACGUAGGCGGGAAGAGAAGCGCCGGCAGAAGGAAGCCGAGGUCCAGAACACGGCGGAGGAGAUGCGCCGCGAACACGAGGAGAAACUGCGCUCAGAGGAGGAGAGGAUGAAGAAAGAUGAGGUGCUCACCCUGAAGGAGAGUGUGAACAUCGACAGACUGGUGCCGUCCCAGGAGGAAGUCCCCCCUGCGGCCGUCCUGUCCAGCCCCGCGGCCGCCCAGCUGGCCCUGCCCGGCUCCUUCCAGCAGACCACUCCUCUCCAGGACGGAGAGCUGACCAGCAUCCUCAUGGCCUCUCCUCUGUACCAGAGACUCCAGGAGAUCAAGGAUCUCAUCAGUAACAACAGCAAACUGGCAGCAGUUGGUGACGGGUACCUGGACUCCCGUGAUGCGGACUGGGGUGCCGACACAGAGUUCCGUCCCGUAGACUUAAACAAGCUGAGUCCCAAGGACUUCAUCGUGUACAAGUUUGCCUGCUUCAUCGGGAGCCUGCUGUCUGUCCACUGUGGUCAUCCUCCCGUCACCAUCCUCCUGGCUGACUCCAUCCCGCCUAACACACAGCUCAGCAAGAAUGCCUACAGGAACUCCUUCCAGUACGAUCACAACAACAGGAUUCUGUACGUGCGGCGCGCCCGUAUGGACAGGGUGGGAGAGUUUGUGCUGGUGCUGGUGCACACUCUGGCUCACAUCAAGUCAGGUGAUCUCCGAGAUGACAGCUCCCCAGACUUCGUGCAGGAGUUCCACCGCGCCCUGUCAGCCGUCUGUAACGACCUGUUCUUUGCUCGCUAUCGACGCUCGUCGCCAGGAUCGGCCAAUGAGAACGCAGCAUCUGUGCCCUUGGUGGAGACGAUGUUUAGCGACUGUGAGAAUGUGACUGAGAAGGACACAGCAGUGGACGACCUGCUGGAUGUGAAACUGCUGCGAGGUACCAGCAGGGAGGGAGUCCACUUCAGCAGGGGGGAGCUCAACACAAGGUUAAGUGAGUACGGGUCCUACACCAUGGUGUCCCAGCUGGGUGGCAUGCUGGGCGGAGUAGAAGACAAGAUGCAGUCAGCCAAGGAUCACGGCAGUAAGGACCAGAUGGACACGUGGCUCGGACAGCUACAGAAGGACUCUCUCUGCAGGUGGCAGAGCUGGAGGAGAAGAUGGACCGCCUGUCCGGUGAGUACUCAUCUCUGUGUCGGCAGGCGGUGGAGCAGCAGGCAGACAUGGCAGAGCUGCAGGAGGAGACAGCACGGCAGACCAGCCUCCUGCAGUCAGCUGCAGACAGCAACGCUCGCGGCCAGCAGAUGGACCUCAUCAAGGAGACUGUGAAAAAACUGAACGAGGCCCGCUCCAACCUGACAGCAGCCAACAUGAGGAAGGCAGCUGUCUCCGAGCAGCUGGAAACUCUGCAGACUCAUCUGGACGACAAAACUAUGCAGCUGCAGACGCACCUGCAGAAAGCUGCAGCUAAGAUUUGAUUCAUCGCAGCGUCUCAGCUUCUGAGAUUAGAACGUCAAUAGCAUACCAAAUACAUGUUAUGUCUCUCAAAAUGAAUAAUCUGUAAAUUUUUUAGCAUUUACCUUAUAGAUUUUAUAUCUUUGCAUAUUCGUUGCACUUUUACAGGCUACUUUUGGUGGUGCCAGAGAGAAAAUGUCUGAGAUGUUUUUAAGUUUUCACUUGCUACUUGUAUGCUAAACCAUGCAGUUUUGACUUAAGUUGUUAGUUACUUGUAUUAUUUUGUUCUAUGCACAUGUGAUGUCGAGUUUUGGAUCUCAUGAAGUAUUACUGUGUGAAAAUAUUGUAGGAUUUGCUAGGAAAUGUAGUUUAGACUUUCUGGAAUGUGUUAAGUCAUGAACAGUGUUUCUCACUCAUUUGGAGUGUGGAAGUGAGAUGUUCAAGUUGCCAGGUGCAAUGUGAAUGAAAUAUGGAGUUUUUAGACUAUGCAAGUUAUAUUAGGUAAUAUUGGCAGCAAUAAUACUGUUGUAUAGCUUUACAAUUAUAAAUGGAACUGUGCAAGAUUGGUGAGAUUUUAACCAUGAUAAUUUUGAUGUGAAUAUUUUGAUUGACAAAGGACCGUCUCACCUAGAUGUAUAAUUUUUGGGAAAAUGGGAGAAAAGUAUUUUUACAGAUCUGCACUAUUUUGCACCUUUUGUAUAUAUACUGUGUAUGGCACAUAUUUGUAAGCUCUUGAACCAGUUUAUGCAAUAAACUUUUUGAUAUUCCUACAAA